ACCGGCGCAGCUACUACACGUCCGUCAUGAGGAGGUAGCAGGCGGCAAAUAUGGCAUCAUUACGACCGACUUUGGCCCACCUCAGAGGUCGGUGCCAGAAUUCGGCCCCGCAAUGGCAACAGCUGCGACACAUGAUGCAAAGCCUGCAAAUCCGUCCUGAGACUCGACACGCAAGGCCGCUCUCGACAACUGCCUCCCGAUGCGUUGACGCGGUAUCGAGGGACGACUUUGCCGCAGAGAGCCUGAAUACAGACCUCGAUCCAGAGAGCAUGGAGAGGGUGAGGCAGAUGAUUAUGCAAACGCGUAUGGACCUCGCUGGGGAAGCGACAGAGAGCGAACAAUUACAAACCCGCGACCGACCGGGGCAGUCGCAAGAGCAUCGACCAAGAGGGCGGCAGCAGCAGGAGCAGCAGCGCCGCCCUGGGGCUGGUCAAUACGGGAAGGGAGAUGGCAAAAGAGGCGCCGGAGGUCCAGAAGCGGCAGAGUUGAACAACAUCAUGUCCGCAGCACACGCUCGGCCUAUGCCAGUAUCCCCAUCCUACUUCUCACGGCAGCCCGAGUUCAACGACAGCUACCUCCAGCUGCAGAAGCUGAUGCGAAGAUACGCGCAUCUGCCAACCGUGCCCUCAGACCAACAAGAGAAGGUGGCCUUCAGGACGCUGAGGGACUACCGGUUGUCCGUUGGUGAAGAUAUCAAGGCGUCUGAGUACGCAAGGUGCAUGACGCUAGUCAAGAGGCUGAACAAGAUUCACCCCAAGCUCCAGACGCCGACGUUGAAGGAGGCCACGGGCAAGUUUAAGCGCGACAUCAACCCGCACAGCCACAAAGCGAAGGAGAUCCCCAUCGACCGAUUUGGCAGGGCGGUAGGCGUGGGCAAGAGGAAGUCGUCAACAGCUCGCGCCUGGGUUGUCGAGGGAACUGGGGAGGUCCUCGUAAAUGGCAAGUCGCUUGCCGAUGCCUUUGGACGCAUCCACGACCGCGAGAGCGCGGUGUGGGCGCUCAAGGCUACAGCCAGGACGGACAAGUACAACGUGUGGGCGCUCGUCGACGGUGGAGGCACCACUGGUCAGGCAGAGGCCCUGGCUAUGGCUGUCGGCAGGGCGCUCAUGGCCCAUGAACCGGCUCUCAAGCCGGCUCUUCGACGAGCUGGUGUCAUCACUCGUGACCCGAGGGGGGUAGAGAGGAAGAAACACGGUCAUGUCAAGGCCAGGAAGAAGCCUGCUUGGGUCAAGCGUUAA